AUGCUGCUGUUGGUGGUUGUUCUGACAGUAUUGAGCACACUGAGCAGUGAUGCUCAUCGCAUCAGCUUACCUUCAAAUGGUCAAAUGGCCGCCUCAGAAGUUUGCUCAAAUGAAGAGAACACAUUUGAUGGCAUAUAUCUCGUUGAUAUGCAAUGCAAAAUUCAUACUUCAAAAGUAUGUGGUGUAGUUCCGUUCGAGUUGAUGUUUUGUUUACCUGGGCGUGUAGCUGACUUCCGACAUAAAGAUUUACCAGAUAACUUCUUCAUACGUUAUAACUUCGGCUCAGGAAGAGUAAGCGUGUGCCAAAUGAGCAUCGGAUUUGAAGGUCCGCCCUCCAAAUAUUCAAUCAUUCAAAAUUUUAAAUGCAAACCGUACUAUCCGAGUCAUAAGGAUCCCAUUCGAGUUUUUGCCAAUUGCAAAGGAAUGAACAAGUCACAACUUCUGCUAACGGAACGAGAUGUAGCCAUCAGUUGUCCUCACAACUCCUUAUAUUCUGCAUUUGCUGCAUAUGGCUAUGGAUUUGGAAUGGUUCUCUGUUCAUUUGUUACUAUGUGUUUGGUAUCGUGGAACCGUUCUGCAUUCCCACAUAAACGAGAUCAGAGCAUUCUGAAUGCUGGUAGGAAGGAUAGAGGCUCUAAAUCAGGCUGGGGAAGAUCGUUGAUGACGUCAGUUACACGUGGACGAACUCGUACUCGAACAAGCGACCAAACAAUCUCAGCUUAUCAGAUUGAACAAGCGUUAUCACAAAUUGAAACAGCGGCUCGUUCUACAAUUCAAACAUCGAUGACUUAA